CUCGCCCAGUAGGAUAUAGCAUUACAGCCAAAAUGUCUCUUCCUUGCAUUACACCAUUGCCUUGCAGUAUGGUUGGACACAAGUUACAGAAGCCACCAAUCCAUAAGCCUCUUUUUUAUCACAAGCCUUUCAAUACGCCAUACCUUAAAAAGAAAAUCCCUGCGCGCAGCAGACUUGCUAAAACUACCAUCAAUAUGGCAGUGAUAACCACUGAUGAAGGCAUAACACGACGCAUUGGCAAUCAUCAUCCUAACUUGUGGGAUGAUGAUUUCAUACAAUCUCUCCCAAAAGCUUAUGAGUGGGAAGUUUAUAUAGAUGCCUACAUGAAAGAAGCAGAGUGGCUUGCUAUGGGUUAUACACCAUCUUUAGAGGAAUAUUUAGAGAAUGGAAAAGUGAGUGCUGGGUCCCGUGUUUUGACCUUGCAACCUGUGUUAACUUUAGAUGCACCUCUUUCUGAUGAAAUUCUCAAAGAAAUUGAUUACCCAUCAAGAUUUGAUGAGUUAUUAUGCUUAACCCUCAGAUUAAGAGGUGACACAAGGACUUUUAAGGCUGAGGCAGAUCGUGGAGAAGUGGUAUCAUGUAUAACAUGUUACAUGAAAGACCACCCUGAAUCUAAUGAGGAAGAUGCACUGAACUAUCUCAAUUCUUUAAUUGAUGAAAGACUUAAAGAAUUGAAUUGGGAAUAUUUGAAAUCACAUAAUGUUCCAUUAGUUAGCAAAGAUAAUGCAUAUAAUUUAUCAAAAGGUCUUCAACUUUUCUACAAAGAAAGAGAUGGAUUUAGUGUCUCUAACAUUGAGACAAAGAAUCUUAUUAGCAAAAUUAUGAUUGAACCAAUACCAAUAUGACUUUUGAAUUGGUUCAUGUAUUUAUAAGUGGAAUAUCAUCAUGUAAUAGAGUCUCCUACCCUCAUCAAUAUUAUAUAUAUUGAAAAUAUGUAACUUAUCAUAACUUAUUAUUUUAUAGAAUAAA